AUGGAGUUUUUCCUUUAUUGCUGUGUCCUGUUCUGUGGGAUCAUUCAGCAGACUGAGAGUGAGAGACACUCUCUCUAUUACAUAUACACCGCUCUCUCCAAACCUGUCUCUCUUCCUGGAAUCCAUGAGUUCACUGCUAUGGGCCUGCUUGAUGACAGAGAGAUUGACUACUACAACAGUCAGGACAAAGUCAAGAUUCCAAGACAACACUGGAUGAGAGAGAGUCUGACAGCUGACUACUGGGAGAAAGGCACACAGUCACGAAAGAGUAAAGAACAGUGGUUUAAAGUCAACAUCAAUAUUCUGAUGGAGCGUAUGAGACACAAUCAGUCUGGCAAUGUUCAUGUUCUUCAGUGGAGACAUGGCUGUGAGGCUGAGACACAGUCUGAUGGAUCAAUAACAUUUGUGAGUGGUGUUGACCAGUACAGUUAUGAUGGUAGAGACUUCCUGUCCUUUGAUGAUACCACUAUGCAGUGGGUGGCCCCAGUUGAUCAGGCCGUUCCCACCAAAAGGAAGUGGGAUGAUGUGCCCAUUCUCAACCAGUACACUAAGGGUUACCUUGAGAAGGAGUGUGUGGACUGGCUCUCCAAAUUCCUGUCUUAUGGGGAGGAAGCAUUAACACAGUACCGCCGACCUGAGGUGAUUCUGAUGGUUAAGAAUGCUGCUAAAUCAGACUGGGUGAUCCUAACCUGCAUGGCCACUGGCUUCCACCCCAGAGAUGUGCAAAUGGACAUAAGAAAGGACCGGAGCCAGCGGGGAGAGAGAGACCAAACGUCUGCCGGGAUUUUACCCAAUGGUGAUGGAACGUACCAGCUGAGGAAGAGUGUGGAGAUCCCUGACUCUGAUGAGGAAGAUUAUGUUUGUUAUGUGAACCACAGGACUUUCAGCGAACCCAUAAUCCAGAGUGGUAUUUGCCAUCUGCUGUUUCACUAUCAUAAUGUACUAACUGCUGUAGGUGUAAAUGAACAGACUUAUCUAGACUAUCGUGCUGUGAGGAGAGCUUGA